CGGCCAUGGGAGGUGUCGUGUCCCCGCGCGGCCGGGCAGCUCGGGGCGCGCGGGAGGGAGCCAUGUCCUCUCAGGCUUUCUGGGAAUGGGGUGCUCUUUCCUCCCUGCGUCCCGACCUCGCCACUGUCACCCGGGGGAGCGGCGGACGCGGCGGCCCAGGGUCCGGUCCCCGGAGGCCGUCCCGAGUUGGCCUGGGCGUGCACAGAGUCUUCGCUCCCCCACGCGGCGUCGGGGGGCCGCCCCUCUGCUCUCUGCGUGCCCUGAGGGUCCCUUGGAUGACGUGCUGAUUCCCCAGGCCGGCUCGGGAGGAGGGCCGAGGGGAGGGAAGGAAUGUGGAAACCCAGGUCAAACCAACGAAAUCGAUUUGCUUUUGGAAGAAUUAUUUGUCAAAGAGAAUCAUGAACUAAGAAUAGCAGGAGGAGCUGUGAGGGACUUACUCAAUGGGGUCAAGCCUCAGGAUGUGGAUUUUGCCACCACGGCCACACCAGCCCAGAUGAAGGAGAUGUUCCAGUCGGCUGGCAUCCGUAUGAUCAACAACAAAGGAGAGAAGCAUGGGACAAUUACCGCCAGGCUUCAUGAAGAAAAUUUUGAAAUUACUACACUCCGGAUUGAUGUUACCACUGAUGGGAGACAUGCCGAGGUAGAAUUCACAACUGACUGGCAGAAAGAUGCUGAACGUAGAGACCUCACGAUCAAUUCCAUGUUUCUAGGUUUUGAUGGUACUUUGUUUGACUACUUUAAUGGCUAUACAGAUUUAAAAAAUAAGAAAGUUAGAUUUGUUGGACAAGCCAAGCAAAGGAUUCAAGAAGAUUAUCUCCGAAUUUUAAGGUAUUUCAGGUUUUAUGGUAGAAUUGUAGACAAACCUGGUGACCAUGACCCUGAGACUCUGGAAGCAAUUGCAGAGAAUGCCAAAGGCUUGGCUGGAAUAUCAGGAGAGAGAAUUUGGGUAGAACUGAAGAAAAUUCUCACUGGUGACCACGUACAUCACUUGAUCCACCUGAUCUAUGAUCUUGAUGUGGCGCCACACAUAGGUUUACCUGCUAAUGCAAAUUUAGAAGAAUUUAACAAAGUUAGUAAAAAUGUUGAAGGCCUUUCACCAAAGCCAAUGACUCUUUUGGCCUCAUUAUUCAGAGUACAAGAUGAUGUCACAAGACUGGAUUUGAGGUUGAAGAUUUCAAAGGAAGAGAAAAACCUAGGUUUAUUUAUUGUUAAAAACAGGAAAGACUUGAUUAAAGCAACAGAUAGUUCAGAACCAUUAAGACCCUACCAAGACUUCAUUAUAGAUUCUAGGGAACCUGACAUUGCCGUCCGUGUGUGUGAGCUGCUGAAGUACCAAGGAGAGCAUGGCCUUCUCAAGGAGAUGCAGCAGUGGUCCAUCCCACCCUUUCCAGUGAGUGGACAUGACAUCAGGAGAGCGGGCAUUUCUUCAGGGAAGGAAAUCGGGGCUCUGUUACAGCAGUUGCGUGAACAGUGGAAAAAAAGUGGUUACCAAAUGGAAAAAGACGAACUUCUAAGUUACAUAAAAAAGACAACAUGAACUACAUACCAAAAAAUUGUAACUUCUAGGUAAGAUAAAAAUAUUUCUUAAUAAGAGUGAAGAAACUACAGCAAAAUUAGACUUAGAAUAGGAAAUCUCUAGAAAACUGACCUUACUCUAGUAACUGACUUUUGAAAUGUUUAUAAUAUGUGCAUUAAUUAGUGUAAGCAUACAUAGAAGGUUGUAGCAAUAGGUUUUACUGUUGUAAUUUUUUCUUUAGGUACAGAAAUUCUAGAAAACUUAAGGGAUGAAUGUGAUGUUUUGAUCUCAGACUAUUUGCCUUUAGUUUGUAUCUGGUGUUUAGUUAAAGAAACUUUUGUAAAGCUUAAUAUUUCUUUUAACCCAAAGAAGUUUAGUGGGUCAGUGAUGAACUCCUGAAAUGGUAUGUGCAUAGGAAGUAUGCAGCUGUAGCUCCUGAAAGCUGGCUCUGUUGUGUUAAGAUCCUUUACACAGUAUUCUCUGCAAGUAUGGGUAAACAGUAUAGUUGAGAUGAUGCCUGCAGGAGGUAAAGGCCCCUCAGUGCACCUGCUUCAUUUGUUGGCAGAGAUGUGCUGUGAUCUGAAUGCAAGAGUGUGGAGCUAAAAAAAGACAUCGGUAUAUCCUGUUCUUGAGUUGCUUUUUAUUUACUGUACUUACAUAAAGUUUGUAUGUGAGAACAUUCUACUUUUAGCCUUCAUAGUACAGUUAGAUUAUAUAAUCUAUGUGACUACUUUGAAAUAUAUAAAGCAGGCAAGGGUUCUAAAACCAAGGAUAAGGUAAUUAGCCAAAAGUUCUGUAAGUUAUUUGCUUAUAAAUAGGUGUAAGUUUUGUUAUUUCACUACUUAAAAUAUCCUCCAAUUGCCUUUACUUCCUGCAGGGUACAGCCUUAGAAUCUAUAUUAUUUACAUAUACUUGCAGAUAAAAGUUUUCUAAGGCAAAACAUGCAUAUAAUACUAAUUAAAGUUAGGAGUCUUACACAUGACAUCAUCUCUGGACUGUGUAUGACAGAGUAAAACUAGGUUUAUAAUUCAAAUAAAUAGUGCAGAUACACAAAAUCAUUUUUCAGCUCAAACUGUGUAUUUUACUCUUUAAUAUUUUCAAAAUUUACAAAUCAGUAUCAGCUAAGGAGCAGAGUCCUUUUCAAUAUUACAUGUCUGUCUCUUGUGCUUAACAAGCAGUGGGGCCGCUGUCCUGUCCGUGAUGUGCAACUGACAUAUAGUCCAUAGGAUAAUGGCGCCAAGCUACUAAAGCACAUAUUUCUGAAAAUAUCCUUCAACUUAGUAGUCAAGUACUAUGACCUUCUAUGUAAUGUUGCCAUUUGCUUAGGUAUGCAUCAGAGGCAGUAAUUUCCACAGCAGGUCUGAUUUGACAAUACCAAUUUGUUAGCAAAAUCUUUGCUUCUACCAUAUCUGUAUCUACUUACAAACACAGUAUCACUUUGUCUGGACUAAUUUCAUCUUCAGUUUCUGGGAUUGUGGGCAACAAUGCAGAUCGAGUUAAACCCCAAAAUUUUUGAGGUGACAUGUCUUUUUUGGUUGCUGUAAAUUUCCAUCCAAUAUGGCUUGCACAAAUCUUACAUUGGGCAAUGGUCCAGGCAUAGCUGUAAAAUGAAAACACCAGCUAAAGAUUGACACAGAUACAGGCUAGGCUGUAAAACAAGCCUUAAAAACUGGAAGAUUUCCUUCUAGCUUGCUCCUGCUCUCCUUAGUGUUUUCUAUGGCACCAAAGUUACCUCAGCCACUUAAGUCCAUGAGGAUGGGACAGAGAAGGUGGUGUGGUUCUCUCAAAAGAUUUAGGAAGUAGGACACUGGAACCAGAAAUGGUUGCCAUAAUGUCCUAGGUGUAGUACUAGGUUCAAACCUAGUGAAAAGCCCUAAGUUCAGGAUACUGACUCAUUUUGCACUCAUUUUCAUUAAAAGGAAAAGGCUGAAACAGAAGUUAGGGGUUUCUGAAGCUGGAGAGAUUGCUUAGUGCUUAAGGAAAUUGCCCAUAAAGCCCAAUACCCAGAUUUGAUUCCCCAGUGCCCACAUACAUGCCCAAGGUGGUAAAUAUGUGCCUAGAGUUAGUUUGUAGUGGCCUUAGGCCCUGGCAUGCUCAUCUUCUAUCUCUCAAAUAUAUUUUUUCUUUAAGCUCUGUUUCUAGGGAGCUUACAUUUCAAAAUCAAGAAAAGCAGGAGUCAAUCCAUGGCUUUCAACAUCUUGAUAAUUAUUUUGGAGUACUACAAAAUAUAACCCACACAGAACUAGUGUUAGUGGGUCAUAAUGAACUGACAAAAAUAAUUUUGGGGAAAAUUCCAGUUGAAAACAGUUUUUAUCUCUAAAAUACUUGAUAUAUGUCACACUUACUUUGUGUCACGUUUCUACAAAUCCUACUUAGGAAUCUGAGUUUUUCUGUCCAAAUAAAGUAAGACAAAGAAAGAAAAAAUGUAGCCAUCACCUUACCCAGGAAACCAGCUGUGAUUUGUAGAAGGCCGGCCUAUUAGAUUCAGGUUGCAAGCUUUAUACACGGUGAGCGUCUCAUGCACAUACCCAUGAGGGUUCACAUAUGCUGCCAUUGGCCCACAUAAGGAUAAGCUACAACAAAGAAUGAAUAUGGAGGAUAAUGUUAAAGAUGCCAGAACCUUAGUACAAGAUACAGGAGGUUGGCACAGAGGGAAAUAGUGUCAGUUUUUAAAUCCCUCCUCAAGAUUUGGGCAUUAUUACAGUAUAUUCACAGGCAUGCUUAUGCAGCAAAACUAGUAUGUAGGUUUCAACAAGAAUUGGGGAACCAAAGUACUGUACAAGUGUUUUGCUUUUUACCAGAGGCUAUUCCCACUCUGGAAGGCAGCCUUAUAGAAAAUUGAGUUAAUUAUCUAUGCUUAUUCACCGAGUAUAAAUUUUAGGCAUUGGAGGGAAACACAACUACAAAAAAGUACACUAAAAUAUAAUAAAGAUUAUACCUGAAUAUUUCAUUUUUGGUUGUUAUUUCUGUUUCUUGACAUUGUUUACAGCAAAGGGAAGUACACUACAAAAGUUGAAGAGAAAACAGUGGGGAAAAUGGACAUUGAUUUUAAUUAUAUGGAAGCACUGUGUAAUCAUAUUUCCAUGCACUGACAACUGCAGAGGAAACUAAAAGUACUGGACCUGCUAAUGGUUUGCUGAAACCUAAAUGACUUUUCUAGGUUAAGACAGUGGUCAAUGUAAAAAUGUUCCAUGAAGCUUAAUCAAGGAAUUCUUAGUAUUACAAAUAAUUUGAAAUGCUUAAAGUUCACAGGUAGAAUAUACCUUAUCCAAGGUUAGGGUAAGAACUGUUGCUUAGAAUCUGUUUAAUGAUUGAACAUUCCAAACACCAAGUUUCUGACUUGGAAUGUUCAACCAAUACUUGUCUAUUAAUGUUAUAUUGUCAUACUGUAUCUGUUGGUUCAGCAGAGCAAACUACAUUUCUACCCUCAUUGUCCAGGGGUAUGACAAAUGUUUUCAUUUUACUCACUUUGUUCAUGAUGUCUAAUUCACAGCGCAGUCGUUGGAUAGCACUCCCAAUCUUAAGGAGCUGAAUUCUUAACACAUCAUCAAUGGGAAGACAAGCCGCUACUCUGUAAGAAAAGUCUUACAGACAGGGUGGGGUUUCAGGAUUUAAACUUAGGAAUCAUUAAGCAUCAGAUACCCAUUUGAUAUAGUCCAUUUAAGGGUUCCCAAAGCACAGAUUUAACAUAAUUGCAAAAUGCAUGAGUUUUUUAUCUUCCUUUUUGAAUAUAUGGGAGAAGUCACUCAUCUACCAAAGACUAAGAAAAUAAUGAAACUGUACCUUAUAAAAAGAUGGAUUAUAUGUAAGUAAGUCCUGGAACUAUAAUCAUUUGUAAAGGCUCUGUAAAGAACAGGGAAGAGUGUCUCAAGAAACUUAGAUGAGAGCCACUUGCUACAAUUUAAACUUCAGGUGGAAAGUUUAUCUAAAAUAAGAGCAUUCAUGAAUUAUUUAAAUGCUCAAAGGAAAGGAAGUAAGUUUCAAUGAAUUAAAAAAAAAUUCUUCUUGAGCAGCACAUCACAAGCUGCAAAUAAGGAAACUGACUUUUCAUACCUAUUGGAUUUGAAGGAAGAGAAUCUUCUUUCAGAUUUUCAUCCCAUUCAUGUAGCUGUUUCUUAAUUCUGUCCAUUAAGGUUUCCUAGUUUAAAAUAAAAGUAGCUAGAAUAAAGUUCAUAGUCUUAUUAAAAAUAUGCCAUUAGUUUUCAGCUCUUUUAAAUAAAACCAGUCCAAUGGUGGUAGUGUUUAUAAAAAAUUUCAGACCUAUAAGAUUGAGGCCCAGUGUCUUUUCUCACGCUGAAAUGGUAUAAAGCCCAGUUCCUUUGCCCAGCACUGUCAGCUUCCCACUCAGUCUAUAUUAUGCCAAGGAUGCAUGCUCCCAGUUCUGUCUGAAUGCCGACCUAGGCCCUUGCUUGAAACUGGCCUUUGACCUCUCACAACAGGUUUUUUCCUGUACAUUGCAUCAGUGUUGUAUACAAACUUUACUUGGCAACUAACUAGUGAUAAAGAGCUAGUCAUUUUGAAACAAAUCACUGUGAUGUAGGGUUCUCUUAAUUCCUGUGACUACUAUCCGACCCAACAGUAUUUCAGAAACCUGAAAGGCCUCAUUAUCUAUAAAAGGCAAAACAUAUUCUUUAGAAACUCUUACCUAUUUCCACUUUUAAAUGUAACAAAACUGCAUUAGGUUCUGAAAAUAUACUAUAAUAGAUGAUAGGAGUUUAAAUUACUUACAGCAUCAUAUAAUGAAUAUAGCCAGCGAGGCCAUGAAGUCAGGUUUGCACAAUGAAACUUUCUCUGAAAACAAAAAAAAAUAAAACCACUUAAGAAAAUUCAAGAAAGAUGAUAACACCAUAAAGAGUAACAUUUAAAAACUGAUCCUACAAAAACAUUUUCUAAUUUUAGAAAGGUAACAGACUUUGAAGAUAAUCCCACUAAUAGUUGAUUUUCUAAGACAUUUGACAACUAUGAUCCUUAGGCCUCUCAAGUAUAUAUUAAUGCUGAAAUCCUCAUUCCUACUGAAAAAGUCCCAGUACAGUCAUCCACUUUAAUGACAAGGAUACAUUCUGAGAAAUGCCAUGUUAGGUGAUACACUGUGCAAACAUCACAGUGUGCUCACACUACUUACACACAAGGGCUACAUGAUAUACAGAUAUCCUGUUGCACCUAGACUACAACUUUCCUUUUCUAUAGGCAGCUGCAAGGCAAAGCUGAGAACUUGUGUAUUGCAAGCCUAUGUAAGACAAUAAGGUAUAAAAGGAGAGAGUGGUACACCUGCACAGGGCACUCACCUAGAUGGAGCACGCAGGACUAGAAGUUGAUCCAGAUGGGCCCUGGCGGAGUGGAAGUGAAUGCAAACACCACAGACGCUAUGUCUGUUUUCUACAGUAGACUUCACUUCAUUUGCAUUAAAUGUCUAAAAAGUUUUUCAGUGAUUAACCUUAGCAUACUAUAUAGGAUUCUUAAUUUCUACCUUUUUACAUUGUAAUGCAAAUACACCUACAAAUGUAUGAAAAUACUGUUACACAUUAAGAAAAAACAGAAUUUCUUAAAAUUGAUUUAAACCAGAACUUCCACAAUGACUUAUGCUAUGUCAUUAAACUAAGUCUAGUCUUAAAAGACCCUCAUCCCUGUGGCCUAUCACCACAAAGUUGUGAUAUAGCAUCACCUUUAAAUGUCAGCAUGGGAGAAAACUUACAAUAACCAAAUCUUUGUGCAAAAAGCACAUGAGUUGCCAUUAGACUAAUAAUUACCUAGUAUCUGCAAUGAAAACCUUUAAAUUUAAAACCAUCAGGUAUUUUAAAGGGGAUACAAUACUUUUUCCAAAGUUAUAGAGACUGCUACAUGGCAGAAACAGACAUUCUGAAACAGUCAUGGGCUACAGCCCAAACUAAUGUAUUGAAA